UAGUUAAUGCAGAAGAUAAAGAGGGUUCGUCUGGAAAACGAGACUGCAGGAAGUUGGAGAAGUUUUUUGUCCAGUUCUGAAGGGGAAGAGAGGAUGACUGCAGUGGACACGCUAUCAGACAGUUCUGAAGUGGUCGAGAUGGAGGAUGUGCCUUCCCAAUUCCAGGUGCAAAAGCAUUCUUGGGAUGGGCUGCGUGACAUUAUUCACAGCAGCAGGAAGUAUUCGGGCAUGAUAGUGAACAAAGCUCCCCAUGAUUUCCAGUUUGUCCGGAAAACAGAAGAGUCCAGCCCGCACUCUCAUCGUCUUUAUUACCUGGGAAUGCCAUAUGGUAGCCGAGAGAAUUCCCUUCUUUACUCAGAGAUCCCCAAAAAGGUACGGAAGGAGGCCUUGCUACUCUUGUCAUGGAAACAGAUGCUGGAUCACUUUCAGGCAACCCCUCAUCAUGGGAUGUAUUCUAGAGAAGAGGAACUCUUGAGGGAACGCAAGCGACUUGGUGUCUUUGGUAUAACAUCUUAUGAUUUCCACAGUGAGAGUGGCUUAUUCCUGUUCCAGGCCAGCAACAGCCUCUUUCAUUGUCGAGAUGGGGGCAAGAAUGGCUUCAUGGUGUCUCCAAUGAAGCCUCUGGAGAUCAAGACUCAGUGCACAGGGCCACGAAUGGAUCCCAAGAUCUGCCCUGCUGACCCUGCCUUCUUUUCAUUCAUUAAUAACAAUGAUCUGUGGGUAGCAAAUAUUGAGACGGGAGAGGAGAAGCGGAUGACAUACUGCCAUAAAGGCUUAUCCAAUGUUCUCGAUGACCCCAAGUCUGCUGGUGUAGCCACUUUUGUCAUUCAGGAGGAGUUUGAUCGGUUCACAGGCUAUUGGUGGUGUCCCACAGCUUCCGCAGAAGGUUCAGAGGAUUUAAAAACACUGCGGAUCUUGUAUGAGGAAGUGGAUGAGUCAGAGGUGGAGAUAAUUCAUGUUCCUUCACCUGCCUUGGAGGAGAGAAAAACAGACUCCUAUCGGUACCCCAGGACAGGCAGCAAAAACCCCAAGAUUACAUUAAAACUGGCAGAAUUUAAAACAGACAGCAAGGGUAAGAUCGUGUGUGCUCAGGACAAGGAGCUGGUGCAACCGUUUUCUGCAUUGUUUCCGACUGUGGAGUACAUUGCCCGUGCUGGAUGGACCCGAGAUGGCAAAUAUGCCUGGGCUAUGUUCCUAGACAGACCUCAGCAGCGGCUGCAGCUAAUCCUUUUGCCUCCAGCACUCUUUAUUCCAGUCCCAGAAAACGAGGAGCAGCGUGCUGAAUUUGCCAAAACUGUGCCAGAAAAUGUCCAGCCAUUUGUGAUCUAUGAAGAAACCACUGAUGUGUGGAUAAAUGUUCAUGAUAUCUUCUAUCCUUUCAUCCAACCGGAGGGAGAGGAGGAAGAACUCUGCUUUAUCCGAGCCAAUGAAUGCAAAACAGGUUUCUGUCACCUCUACAGAGUCACAGCAGUCCUAAAGCAAGGCAGCUAUGACUGGGUGCAGCCGUAUGUCCAUAGUGAGGAUGAUUUCAAAUGUCCUAUCAAAGAGGAGAUUGCCCUGACUGGUGGGGAAUGGGAGGUGUUGGCGAGGCAUGGAUCGAAGAUCUGGGUCAAUGAGGCUACAAAGCUGGUGUAUUUCCAAGGCACAAAGGACACCCCGCUGGAGCACCACCUCUACGUAGUCAGCUAUGAGUCUCCUGGAGAAAUUGUGCGACUCACCACUCCGGGCUUCUCCCACAGCUGUUCAAUGAGCCAGAACUUUGACAUGUUCAUCAGCCACUACAGCAGCGUGAGCACUCCUCCUUGUGUGCACGUCUACAAGCUCAGUGGCUCCGAUGAUGACCCGCUCCACAAGCAGCCCAAGUUUUGGGCUAGCAUGAUGGAGGCAGCCAGCUGUCCCCCAGAUUAUAUCCCACCUGAGAUCUUUCACUUCCGUACACAGUCAGAUGUUGAGCUCUAUGGAAUGGUCUACAAACCUCAUGAUGUCCAGCCUGGGAAGAAACAUCCCACGGUGCUCUUUGUGUAUGGAGGCCCUCAGGUGCAGCUGGUGAAUAACUCCUUCAAAGGAAUCAAGUACUUACGACUAAACACACUAGCGUCCCUAGGCUAUGCUGUGGUAGUAAUUGAUGGAAGGGGUUCAUGCCAGCGAGGACUCAAAUUUGAAGGGGCCCUGAAAAACCAAAUGGGUCAAGUGGAGAUAGAGGACCAGGUGGAAGGUUUACAUUAUGUAGCAGAAAAAUACGGGUUCAUCGACUUGAGUCGGGUAGCCAUACAUGGCUGGUCAUAUGGGGGUUUUCUUUCCCUCAUGGGCCUUAUCUGCAAACCCAAUGUCUUCAAGAUUGCUAUAGCAGGUGCUCCUGUCACAGUGUGGAUGGCAUAUGAUACCGGGUAUACUGAGCGGUACAUGGAUAUCCCAGAAAACAACCAGCAAGGUUAUGAGGCUGGCUCUGUGGCAUUACACGUAGAAAAGCUUCCCAAUGAGCCAAAUCGUUUGCUGAUCCUCCAUGGCUUUUUGGAUGAAAAUGUGCACUUUUUUCACACCAACUUCCUGGUAUCACAGCUAAUCCGGGCUGGAAAACCUUACCAGCUGCAGAUCUACCCCAACGAGAGACACAGUAUUCGGUGCCCUGAGUCAGGAGAGCACUAUGAAAUCACGCUGCUGCACUUUCUACAAGAAUACCUCUGA